AUGCUACAUCAAUCAGCAGAUAUAAUUAAUUUAAAUGUUGGUGGUCAACGUUUUUCAACUAGUCGACAAACAUUAACAUGGAUAUCAGAUUCAUUUUUUACUGCCAUGCUUAGUGGAUUAAUAUCAACAAAUCGAGAUGAACAAGGUUAUAUAUUUAUUGAUCGUGAUCCAAAAUUAUUUUCAAUUAUUCUAAAUUAUUUAAGAACAAAGGAACUUGAUAUCAAUGGUUGCGAUCUUCAUAUGUUAAAACAUGAAUGUGAAUUUUAUGGUGUACAACCAUUAAUUCGUCGUUUACAACUUUGUGAAGAUCUUGAACAUAGUCAAUGCGGUGAUGUUCUUUUUAAUGGUUAUAUUAAUCCUCCACAUUCAACUAAUACACAAGUUUCGUAUGAAUCAACACAAUUAUUACCAGCUCAGCCGAUUGUUUAUCAACCAGCGAUAUCUCAACCGACAAGUUCAGUUCGACCUGGAACUGCUCUUCGAUUGAAUAAUAUCAUGCAACAAACAUUAAAUCGUAGUGCAUCACAAAUAGGAGAUUUUAGAACUUCGUCGACUGACUUUGUUUCUGUGGGUCCAUCAGCACCAAGUGUUAGUCGUGGACAUUCACGUGCAUCAUCAACUGAUUCAGUUCUUUGGGCUACACAUCAAUCAAACACAUCAUCAUCUCACUUUCGUCAGAAAUCAGCUGCAUUUAUGGAUCAUCAUCCUCCAACACAAAAUUCACCAACAGCAAGUGUCAUUCUUCUUGCUGGACAUCAUAAUUGGAUUAGUGCUGCUUAUUCAAACAAUAUUGUCAUGUGUUAUAAAAUGAAAGAUACAAGUGGAUGGCAAAUUAUGUUUGAAUCUGAAGUUCAAUCUGAUGAUAUUUAUCGUUUAGCUAUAACAGCUCGUUCAUCAUCAUCAUCAACAUCAGCUAAUCAACAAAGUCAAGAAUCAACAUCAAACCUUCGAGAAUCAAAACUUCUUGCUAUUGCUGUACGAACAAAUGUUCGUCUUUGGAAUAUAGUUGAUGCAUCAAUUCAUACUAUUCUGGGAACAUUUGCAUUUGGUGGACCAAUCGAUAAUUUAUUUUUUAUUAAUUCACAAUUAGUAGCAACAGGUGAUGAAAGAAAAGUCGGUGUAUGGCAUUCAAUUUCACAACAAUGGCAAACACAAGAAUUAACACGAAUAUUAAGUUUUGAUACUGCUGGAACAUUUCUAUUACUUGGAAGUGAAACAGGAUCAAUUUAUUAUUUUGAUAUGCAAAAAUUUCCAUUGAGAAUGAAAGAUAAUGAUUUAUUAAUUACAGAAAUAUUCAAAGAUCCAGCUGGUGAAUCAAUUACAGCAUUAAGUGUUUACUUAACACCAAAGACAAGUGUUACAGGCAAUUGGAUUGAAAUUGCUUAUGGCACGAGUUCUGGUAUUAUUAGAAUUGUUGUACAACAUCCAGAAACUGUUGGUCAUGGUCCUCAACUUUUUCAAACAUUUUGUGUACAUCGUAGUCCAGUAACAAAGAUUAUGCUUUCGGAGCGGCAUUUAAUUAGUGUAUGUGCUUCGAAUAAUCAUGUUCGUACAUGGAAUGUUACUCGUUUUCGUGGCAUGAUUUCUACGCAACCAGGAUCAACUCCUCUUGCUUCCUAUCGUGUUAUAUCUAUUGAACCAGCUCGAUCAAUAGCUAGUUAUACUGCUGGCAACGAUAUUGGUAGACGAGUCGCUAUUGUUCGAUCUGUGGAUAGUUCUCCAAUCAGUUGUUUUACAAUACAUGAAUGUGAAGGACCAUCAAGAUUGAGUACACGUCCUCGUCGAUUUAUUUUUACUGGUCAUGAUAAUGGAUCUAUUCAAUUAUUUGAUUUAACAACUGCUAUUGAACUUAGUUCAAAUUCAGAUUUAAAUGCUCUGUCAUUAUCAUCUUCAUCAUCUCAACAAAAUAAUGGCGGUCCAUCGCCAGCUGAUUUACUGAAGAUGCUUGAUCAUUGUGAUUUUGCAGCUACCAAUGGUCAAAAUCAAAAUUUUUUAUCAUCACGUUGUUCAACACCGUGUUGUAUGAGUAAUAAUUUACCAAUAACAACUGUCAAUUGUACGACUGCUUUAAUAUCUUCACCACUAUCACAAACAAUAACAAAAGAGGACAAUGAUAAAACUGUUUAA